GUGUGUUCAGAAACCGGGAUUUGCCGGUGGGCGUUGAAGCUGAAAUGGUCUAGUAUCGCAGUCUGGGAUUGCUGCAAGAGCAAAACAGAGAGAGAGAGAGAGAGAGAGAGAGAGAGAGUUCGCAAUUGGGGAUGACAGUGAUUUUUGUGGGGGAGAAGAGCAGUGUGUUGUUGGGUUAAUUAAAAUGGGGAGGAUUUUCCUGGUUGAAUUGGAAGGCAGAACUUACAGAUGCCAAUACUGUGACAGCCCUCUUGCUCUGGCCGACGAUGUCCUCUCUCGGUCUUUCAACUGCCGUCGAGGGAGGGCAUAUCUGUUCAGCAAUGUGGUGAAUAUAACGCUUGGUCCUGAGGAAGAGAGGCUAAUGCUUUCUGGUUUGCAUACUGUAGAAGAUAUUUUUUGUGUCUGCUGCGGACAGAUUCUUGGCUGGAAAUAUAUGGAGGAUAGAGGAGGAUGUAGCGGAGGAAUUCAAUCUGGAUACUCGCCCAGGUUCAAGUGAUGAAAUUCCUUGAGCAACUGCAUUCAUAAAAUUAAUAAAAGCAACAGAGCUUAUCUGUUGUAAAUAUCAUGUAUGCAAUUUCAUGAGUAGUAAAAGAAGAUUGCGCAUGUCCAAUCUAUAUAAAAAUUUCUGCAGUGUAUAUAUAUAUAUAUAUGUUGGACCAAUCUGUCUAUCGGAAGUUUAUAACUUUAUAUUAUCUAGUUACGUGGAGCUGCCAUGUGUUUGCUCGGUCGCAGAUUCACCAAAAUGUUUUAUAAUAUACAAUGCAGGGGCCUUAAUGCAUAGGCUUCUAUUGGUCAAUUCCAUGCUAGAGGGCGUGGUUGUUUGGUCUAGUGUGGCUUUAGGCUUGUAUUGUGUAUAUUGUAAAUUCUCCUUCUAUUAACGUAAGUUUCGGUUUGUGGUAAAAGAUAAAAAAAAUUCUGUCUCA